CUCAGCCAAUCAGUGCCGCACGCUGGAAGGCCGCACAGCCGCGGGCCGAGCGAGUCGAUGAGUCGGCGCUGGAUUCCGGCGCAAGCGUACGGCGCCGGAGGUCUCGCGGUCUUGCGCGUCCGUGCUGGCCGCGGUGGUCUGGCUGUGUUCAGGAUGCUGUGUUGGCUGCUCCUUUGUGGAUGUCUUUUCCUGAUGACUGGUCAUGCUCAUGAUGAUGACUGGAUUGACCCCACAGACAUGCUUAAUUAUGAUGCUGCUUCAGGAACAAUGAGAAAAUCUCAGGUAAAAUAUUGUACAUCCGAGAGAAAAGAAAUGAGCCCUGACUUGACAAAUGCAGAGGAAUUAUCAGACUGUUUGAACAAACUUGAUUCUUUAACUCACAAGGUUGAUGACUGUGAAAGGAAGAAAAUGAAAGAUUAUGAAAGUCAAAGUAAUUCUGUCUUUAGGAGAUACCUAAAUAAGAUUUUAAUUGAAGCCGGCAAGCUUGGACUUCCUGAUGAAAACAAAGUUGAUAUGCGGUAUGAUGCUGAGAUUCUGCUCACAAGACAAACACUGUUAGAGAUAGAGAAGUUCCUCAGUGGAGAGGAGUGGAAGUCAGGAGCCUUGGAUGAUGCCUUAAGUGAUAUUUUAAUCAACUUUAAGUGGCAUGAUUCAGAAGCAUGGAAGUGGCGAUUUGAAGACUCUUUUGGAGUGGAUCCAUAUAAUGCAUUUGUGGUACUCUUGUGUUUGCUCUGCAUUGUGUUGUUGGUGACUACGGAACUAUGGACAAUUGUUCGCUGGUACACACAGUUGAAACGAAUUUUUAUCAUCAGUUUUCUCUUCAGUUUGGGAUGGAAUUGGAUUUAUCUAUAUAAGGUAGCUUUUGCUCAGCAUCAGGCUGGCAUUGCGAAGAUGGCAACACAAACAGAUAGUGUGUGUGUUGAGAAGAUGGAUUGGACUGGAAGUCUCUGGGAAUGGUUUAGAAGUUCAUGGACCUAUGAGGAUGACCCAUGCCAAAAGUAUUAUGAGCUCUUAUUAGUCAAUCCGAUUUGGUUCGUUCCACCAACAAAGGCUCUGGCAAUUACAUUCACUAACUUUGUAACAGAACCAUUAAAGCACAUUGGAAAAGCAACUGGUGAAUUCAUUGAAGCACUCAUGAAGGAGAUUCCAGUGUUACUGCAGAUUCCGGUGCUGGUGAUUAUGGCAUUGGCUGUCCUGAGCUUCUGCUAUGGUGCUGGAAUGUCAGUUCCCAUGCUGAGAUAUGUUGGUGGUCCUGAAAGAGAACCUCCCCGGGCACUUGAACCAGGUGACAGAAGAUGGCAGAAGGAACUUGACUGUAGACUCUGUGGAGGAGCAGGUGAUGCAGAUUUCUCUUAUAUGGGCCAAGCUGGCUCCAUUGAGCAAGGCCCUUAUGACAAAACGCAUGCGUGUAAAAGAGAUGUUUUGAGACAGAGAGACGUUGAUGCGAGAUUUCACACUGGCAACAAGAGCCCUGAAGUGCUCCGGGCAUUUGAUUUACCUGACACAGAGGCACAAGAGCAUCCAGAAGUGGUUCCCAGCCAUAAAUCAUCCAGCAUGAAUACAAAUCUCAAAGAAAUUGGUGAACUCCCAGGAGAAAGCACCCCAACAGAACACAGCUCGUCUGCCACGGCUGUCUCUGGCCAAGCUGCAGGGACUGCGGAAGGCUCCCCCAUAAAGAAGGUCCCGCUGAAGCUAGACUCUGAGUGCAGCCUACAGGGAGGCACCACACACAGCCCAGGAGCUGCAGUAUGUGGGACUGAUCCUGUCAGCAGCCCGUGUGGCUAAGGAACAUGAAAUCAUCUUUGAAGUCUGUAACGUAUUAACUCUUCAUUCUUCCCUAAAAAUAUAUUGAAAUUUACUACAAAGCUGCCAGCCUUACAUUAAUAAUUUUACAGACCAUCAAUCUCUUAGCUAUUAAGAAGAUGUGUCUCAUAAUUUUAGACAGGGUUGUGUACAUGUUUAGAUGAUGCUAUGCCAAAAUAAACUGUAAUUAAGGUGACUGAAUGACAGUGAUGAAAUGAUUUUGUUAACAGGUAUUUAGAAGAACCAAUUAGUGUAUGUUAGCUGGUAGAAGGUCCUGUGAGACCUAGUUUACUAACAGAAUAAUUGGUUGGUUUUAACUUAAAUUCAGUGUUUCCAUUGCAAAGGCUGUAUAAUGCAGGCUGCUAACUGCUGCAGCAAUGUUCUAGGUAGGCCACCUGCUAAACAAUGUGACUUUCUGGUUGCCAGGCCUGCUUCCUUGUUACACAUUUUAUAUUAGAUCUCACUAGACAAACCUGAGGCUGGCCUGGUUCUAUCAAUAUUUCAGUGUCACCCUUCAUCAGUGACUUUGAGGAUGGCUUUAUUCUCUACCACAAGGUGCUGCUGGAUUUUCAAAGAGCCAAUUUCCAUAUUCAGAACCCAGCAGUUGAUGCUAUAUGGUUUUUAUUGUGGCAAACCAUAUUGUCUUGGCUGAGUGUAAUUCUGGUUUUCAGAGAGCUAUAGAUAGAGAACUAAGAUGUAUUUACUGUGGACAGAUUGUCAAUCAACAUUUUUUUUGUGAUUUUUAAAAUGCAAUCUCCAUUUUAAACCUUUAAAAAAACCAAUUUAUAUAUUUCUUACAAGUCCCUGGUUAGCAGUUUUUCUAUGCACUCAGGUGUCCUUUGUUGUAACCAUAUCUGUACUGCACAUUUUAUUCAGCUGCUUUCCAAACAAUGAUACCACUCGAGAAUUAAGUCUUGAAAUUAUCAGUUAGGCUUUCUUUUCGCAGACGUGUGCUAUUCCCCCAUUUUUUAUACUUGGGUAUCUGAAAGACUUAUUUUAUCAUUGUAAAUGUCCAUAGUAUUUUAUCAGGAAGGUAAAAAUUCCCCCUUCAAAACAGAAGGAUUUUACAUUAAUACAUUACUAUAGCAGACAUGUAAUGAAUGGAUGCAUACAGUUUAUUUAGGUUCUGAACAUCUGUGCAUAGAAGCAGUUAUCUCUAUGGACUGGACCCAUUCACCCUAACUGGACCCAUUCCCAAGGUGGGAACUGACCUUUAAGCACUGGUCUAAUUCUGACGAGAAAUAUCUCCGUCCCUGAGAGGAAAGGCAGUACUAUUGCACUACUGGUUGCUUUUAAUCCAAAAGUGAACACUUUUGUAUUUUUUCAUUACAGAUACCCAUUUGGGAAUGGAAUCUACUUUGACAGCUAGCAAAGCAACAUGCUGUUCUUGAAUGAUUACAGCAAUUCAGGGAAGACUUGAUUAAAAACAAGGUGGAUAUAUCAAGGCCAGUUUAUUGCAGAAAAGAGAAGGCUUGUUUCAGUUGACUAGCAAGUAUUUGUCAUUGAGGUUAAAGCAUAUUGUAACUGGCUUUUAAGAAAAUAAGAACAGGGUAGGUAGCUGUUAAAAGUACUUUUUAAAAUGGAAUAAUGUUGAAUGCUUAUAGGGUCUUAACACUAUAAACACAAAAUAAACACUUAUUUUUACAGUA